AUGUCUUCAGAAGAAUGCUCACGCAAUGAAAGCUACGACUUCUGGCGCUACGCAGUCAUCGUCUACGUCGGAACACCGAUCGCCUUGGCUGGCGUUGUCUGUAAUUGCAUUCUACUGGGAAAACGGCCGGUACUUCACUAUCGGGAUCGUUCUCAUCUGUGUGCUCGCAUUACGUCUGCCCUCAUUCUUCGAGUAUGUGAUCGCUUUUCGCCCGGAAUGUCCUAUUUACAUGGAUGGGAGCACUAUCAAAUCUUCAACUUCUAUGUGAUGUCGGUGCUUCACAUCUUCGUUCCUUUUGCUGUCCUGCUCAUUCUGAACGUCUCGAUUGUGGUGUUGACGAAGCGAAAAUUGCACAGCAUCGGCUGGGCCGUCGCCACUUUCAUCGACGUGCCCAAAGUGGGCGAGUUGAUCAGAAAAGAAUCGAUGAUGUCGUCGAAGAAACGCCGCGACGAGGUACGCUACGCCACUUGGACGAUGGUCUCAAUCACCUCAACCACUCGUUUCUACACUCUGGCCAGUGAUGUAGUCAGCAUUCUUGUGGCUGUAAACAGUCUCCUUCGAUUGUUUGUCUACAUGCUGUGUAGUCCACACUUAAGGCUUAUUAUUACAUCGUCUAAUGCAGAAAAAAGAAGACGAGGUUCAACAAAUGUUACACGACUGUUGAUAAAUUGCCACAACAUGCUUUACUCUACUCCAGAAAAACUUCCUACUUAUGGAGACAAUCUAUGA